UUUUAAGUCCUACCUCCCAGAGAUAAAUGAUAUCAACAUAUAAAGCAGCUUGCAAGACACAGUCAGCAGCAUCUAGCUAACCGGCAUCAUGCUUGGAAUCCUCUUUGCUGUGCUGACUCUGGCAACCACAGCCCUUGGAUGUGGGGUUCCUGCCUACCCACCUGCUGUGUCUAGAGUGGUUGGAGGGGAAAAUGCAAGACCAUACAGCUGGCCCUGGCAGGCCUCCCUCCAAUACAGUUCGAGUGGCAACUGGUAUCAUACCUGUGGAGGAACCCUCAUUGCAAGCAACUGGGUGAUGACAGCUGCACAUUGCAUUAGUUCUUCUAGAACGUAUCGAGUACUUCUUGGAAAAUACAACCUAGGAAUUGAGGAAGAAGGAUCAAUUGCAGCCCAGCCAGAAAAAAUCAUUGUUCAUGAGAAAUGGAAUUCAAAUAAUGUUGCAAAUGGGUACGACAUUGCUUUGAUCAAACUCAGUGAACAAGUCACCUUAAGCAAUCAAAUUGAGCUGGCCUGCCUCCCCUCUCCACAAAGCAUCCUAGCAUCCAACACUGCCUGCUAUGUGACAGGAUGGGGAAGGCUGAAGACAAAUGGAGCUCUUCCAGAUGAACUGCAGCAAGGCCUUUUGCUGGUGGUGGAUUAUGCAACUUGUUCCAAGUUUGGCUGGUGGGGGAGCACAGUGAAACUCAACAUGGUUUGUGCUGGUGGGGAUGGCAUCACCUCCAGUUGCAAUGGGGACUCUGGUGGCCCACUGAACUGUCAAGCUGCUGAUGGCAGGUGGGAAGUGCACGGCAUCGUCAGCUUUGGCUCUUCUCUGGGCUGCAAUUUUUAUCACAAGCCUUCUGUCUUCACUCGGGUCUCUGAUUUCAAUAGCUGGAUCGAGGAGGUUAUAGACAGCAACUAAUGCAAAGAGAACUGGAUGAUAGAUGAGAACAGUGCCAAGAAGGAAAACAGCCUGAAUAAAGUCAUAAUCAUGACACCUUCGAUCACAAAGAACUGGGAAUUUAUGCAUGUACUAACAACAAUAUUGUACUUAAUCAUACCGCAAUAAACACUGGUUUUGGCAACAUGAAAGAAAAA